AUGGCGCCCUCACGUGAUGAACGAUCGCGUUCGUCCUCAGGGAAGACGGAGGAGGACCCAGAACUGUCAGAGGAGCGUCAAACACAUCAAGCCGGUCGUUCUGCAAUACAUCUCGCUGCCCAGCAGUCCGCACAGUCGCUUCGAGAGGCCGCAAGACCUUCAGUCCGCUCGCAACCGAAUCCAUGGAACAGCACACCAGAUUUAUUCGUUCGCCACCAGAGGAGCCGACAAUUACUUUCCCACGGCACUCCAUAUCCCGAAUCACCAUACCCGCGACAAGAUGCAGAACCAGGCACGCGACGAGUCUCCAUACAUUCUCCCACGGUCUCUUCGCCUCUCAACCCGACACCGCCGAGCUCGGGCAGCGAAGGAGUGCACAGCCGUCGAAGUAGUGCUGACUCGGCUGAGGGACUCCUCACACACAAUGGAAGGCCGGAGUACCGGAACAAUCGCUACCUGACUGUACCAUCGCGCAGCGAUCUGGCACGCCGGCCAUCACGACCUUCACUGGUAAUCCCGGCUCACGAUCCGCAUCCCCUUUCGCAGCUCAGCUCGCCGUCAAGCGUGUCGACUCUAUCGAGUCCUCGGUCUGUGAGGGACCUCGGCUCGGAUUAUACACGAUAUUACAACCCUUUCGUCACUCCGCAAAGUUCUCACGACGAAUUAUCACGCAGGAGCUCUAUCCAUCAUCCAGCGGAUGGAGACUUGGCUGGUGCGGACGCCGCUGAGCUGUCAAAACGGCUUUCUGAUCCCUUCGGAGAUCACAAGCGGAUUUCGAACCCAUUCGAGAGUGUUGGGGAGCGGAUGCGACCUGCAACACCCCACGGACCAGACACCUGUCCCAUCCACGAGAUGCAUCCUGCAGUCGUCGCAAUCGCGGAGCCUCAGAGAACCCAGACGCCGGUAUUUCUUCAUCCAGCAGAUCCGCAAAAGCUGGCCUUCUUCCAGUACAUGGACGACCGACUGGGAGCUCCAGAAUGCUCCUUCCCACUCAUUACAGACGAAAAAGAGGAUGACGAUGACAUGCACAUGCCACAGUGGGACGACGACAUCCGGCUGAAACCGAAACUGAGAGACCACUUUACGCGAGAAAAUAUUGUUAAUUACCCUGGAGUUGUUGAUCCUGGACCGCCGCAGCCUGACCCAUGGAAUCAUGUCAAUGACAGGCUGUACCCAUUGCUGCAGAAUGUACGGCACGGAUUGAUCGAUCCGGACACGCCGGAUGAUGCUUUGAGGCGGACAGGCAUCAAUGGCGAUACGCUUGAGUUGGUCUUCAGCGAUGAAUUCAACAAGCCGAAUCGCACGUUUUACCAUGGAGACGAUCCCUACUGGUUUGGCUUCGAAGGCUGGUAUGGAGCAACGCAGGACUUGGAGUGGUAUGAUCCCGACGCCAUUGACACCGGUGGCGGCACGCUCUUGUUGCAAAUGGACAAGUUCAUUAACCACAAUUUGGACUUUCGGUCCGGGAUGCUGAACUCGUGGAACCAGCUCUGCUUCAAGGGAGGUGUGUUCGAGGUGUCGAUGUCUGUGCCGGGCCCUGCUGGGAAACACGGUCUGUGGCCGGGAGUGUGGACGAUGGGCAAUCUGGGCCGGCCUGGCUAUUUAGCCACCACCGAUGGUCUCUGGCCCUACACAUACGACGAAUGCGACAGCGGCAUUACUCCCAACCAAUCCGUGACAGACGGACUGAGCUACCUGCCAGGUCAGAGGCUGGCAUCUUGUACCUGCGCAGGUGAAGACCAUCCGAAUCCCGGCCGAGGACGCGGUGCGCCUGAAAUCGACAUCGCCGAAGUGUCCGCCGAUUGGGGCAGCAUGGGAGUCGGCGUGGCAACUCAAAGCUUCCAAGUCGCACCGUUCGAUCUCUGGUGGUACCCCAACUACGACUUCAUGGAAAACCCCAACAGGCAUGUGUCUCUGGUGAACAGCUACACCGGCGGGCCCUUCCAGCAAGCCGUCAGCACAACAAGCAUGCUCAACAACCACUGGUACGAUGGCCGCCAAUACCAGAAAUUCGCCUUCGAGUACGUCCCCGGCGGCACCGAGUCCUCCUUCAUCGCCUGGACGAUCGGCGACGACGAGAUGAUGAAGUUCGACGCCCGCGCCAUCGGACCGAAUGGCAACAUCGGCCAGCGGCUUAUUUCCGAGGAGCCCAUGUCACUCAUCCUGAACUUGGGUAUAUCGAACUCAUGGACGUAUGUUGAGAUGGAUGAGCUGCGGUUCCCGGCGGUUUUGAGGGUGGAUUAUGUGAGGCUGUAUCAGAAGCCGGGGCAGAAGAGUGUGACGUGCGAUCCGCCUGGGUAUCAGACUACGGAGUAUAUUCGACAGCAUCCGGUGGCGUACAACAAUCCGAAUUUGACGAGGUGGGAUCAGACGGGGUAUGGAUGGCCGAAGAACGAGUUCAUGCAUGGGUGCAGUGUAUGA